AUGUCUGCAAAUUUAGAUCCUAUGGUAUAUCCAAUAUUUUCCCCGAGAGGUGAUGCUGGAUGGCACAACCAACUGAAGCACAACCCUAACCACACAAUUCGUGUUAGAAACCAUGUUACUUUGUCUCAGUAUUAUAACUAUAGGCUGGCGGUUAGACAAACUUUUAGUCCUAUAUUCUAUGGUAAGAAACUUUUUCAGCAAUACGUUGUUGAUGCAUAUGUCAAAAUUGAGGGACAGCGUUUUGCUUUUAUUAGAAAUAACGAAAACAAACUUAGAAGUGAACAAUAUGAUGCAUUGCAUGAACAUGUAAUUAAUUGUGCAAAUGAUUUUAAUGUAAGACCAGGCCGUGUUGUUAUAUUGCCUUCUUCAUAUGUUGGUAGUCCAAGAGCACUAAAAGAAAACUUUGAAGAUGCGAUGGCAGUCACAAAGAAAUAUGGUAAACCAAAUCUAAUCAUUACUUUUACCUGCAAUCCAAAAUGGAGAGAAAUAGUAGAAAAUUUAAACCCUGGCCAAACUGCUAAUGACAGACCUGAUUUAGUUUGUUGGCUAUUUAAAAUGAAACUUAACUUUUUCUUAGAAGAUAUUUUCAAGCAUGGAGUCUUAGGCAAAGUUGUAAGUCAUGUGCAAAUUAUUGAGUUACAAAAGCGUGGUUUGCCACAUGUACAUAUUUUAUUGCACUUUGUAAACGCAGAUAAACUAGAAACAGCAGAAGGUAUUGACAAUUUGAUAUCAGCAGAAAUUCCAGACCCAGCUGUUGAUCCUGAACUUCAUGAAAUUACAAAAUCAUGCGUGAUACAUGGACCAUGUGGAAUUUUAAAUCCCAACUCUCCCUGCAUGAGAGAUGGAAAAUGCACCAAAAAAUUUUCUAUAGAAUUUAAUCCCCACACUGUUGCAAGGUACAACAAAGUACACACUGGUACAACUGCUGAUUCUUCUGUUUCAACUGCUGCUUUCUCUGGUACAAUUGCUGUGUCUUCAAAUUCAAAAAGCUUAGCUCAUAUUCAUGUUGAUCUUUCAGGGUUAUGGAAAAAUAAAAAGUCGAUAUCCUUUUCUUAUGACUGA